UUUGAGUAUUUGUAUGUGAGAGUGUCUCUGUGUGUGUGCGUGUGUCCGCUGGGGAAUGGUAUUGAUACUACAUCGUCACUCAAGUUCGAUUCCCGGUCACGGUUAACAUAAGUGGGGAAUAUCAGAACCUGGUUCAGGACCUCUAAUAGGUCUGCUUGGCAAGUAAUGCGUAACAUUGUGCAGUCUGUAAACAUUGUGCAGUCUGUAAGCAUCAUCAUCAUCAUCAACACGUGGAAGACGACGGCGGCGCGGCUUGCUGCUGUCCACACCACCCAUCCUAAUUGGUAACAGUAAAUGCGCACUUGCAGUCAGUGUAGUAGACUACAGGGGAGCACGUUGUCGUCCUAGGCUAUGUCCGUGUGUAGUUCGUGAGGGUGUGCGCAUGUUAAUUGUGUAAGAACAUACGGAACAAGAGUCUCGGAGACUUGACUCCGAAGACAUGGAAUGUUUGUGAGCUACCCGCUGGUGCUGAGUCGAGAAGAUGUUCACGCAGUCGUGUGAAGCAGACGCUUUGGAAGAGAUGCACUCUCUGCACUAUCCCGGCAGUGCUGCACUGCGGCUCGCUUCGGCGGGUCCACUAUGCUGGGACCCCGAGUGCAGUGGUUCUUGUGGGUACGGGGAGCCCCUGUUGGAAUCCCGGGAAGUGGGGUUGUUUGGCGGGCAGCCCGGAGCCCUGCACUGGCCUCGGAGGACGCUGGAUGCCCUCGAUUCGGUGGGCAGUGUCCUGGCUCACAGUGAGCUGGAGCCAGAGUGGCUGGAUGAGGUGCAGCCCAAUGGAGAGCUCUUCUACCUGGAGCUGAGCGAGGGCGAGGAGACGGCCGCCCUGGCACAGGAGGAAGAAGAAGCCGGCAUUGCCGCACCCUCGAGUGGUGGGGCCCCCGGCCAGGAUGCCGCCCGGCGCAAAGACGGGGGGAGACCCAAGCUGAGAAAGUUGGCAGACAUCCUGCGCAGGAGGAAGACGGCUCGCCGAGAGCUGCCAGCCGAUGGAGCGAAUGGAGAUCGUAAAGGCCACUCCGGCGACACUGUCUUCACCAAGGGCCCUGGUGACGGAGGAGACGGAGGCGAUGACGCUCCUCCUCUGGUGGUGGCUCGAUUGCGCUUCCGCGACGUGACCCUCUACGUGAACCCCCUGCGCCGGCCGACGGGGGAACGUGACAUCCGCGUGGGAGAGGAGGCUCCCCUGCUCGGGUCGCUCCUCGGAAUCUUGCAUCGCGCGAGUGGACGGCAAGGGCGCGACGCGCGGAGUGGCAGGAAGAGUCGCUCGGAGGACUCGGUGGCGCCGAUUGCCGACGAGAAGAUCUCCGUGCACGGCCUCGUGCAUGGAGGAGCAGCCAUGGAGAGUGGGAAGAUUUACAUAGGCGACUCUCUGGUGGCGGUGAAUGAUGUUGAUGUGACGACCGAGAACAUUGAGAGGGUCCUUUCCUGCAUCCCCGGCCCCAUGAAGGUAAGGCUGACAAUGGAGGUGGAGGGAGGUGCGAGCGCCGGCCGCGGUAGAGCGGAGGGUGAUGAGGAGAGUAGCGCCGUCUACUCCCACUCGGGCCUUGUGAGGCUGUUGAGCGGGGAGGACACGGCCGACCUGCACGCUCGCCUCUCCUCGCACCCCCAUUCCGCCAUGUACCUCAGCCUGCGUCUCGACUCCGAGUCCGCCUGCGAGGAGGAGGACAUCAUCUACUCGUUUCCACGGAGGGGACCGGCGGCGAGACUCAGGGCGGUUCGAGGCAUCUUCCUUACGCUGAGUGACAUGCUGCCCCGAGUCACAGGCGACUCUGUCCGCAGUUCCAGCAUGGUAAUUGAAGGCCGCCUGGUUCAUGUCGCCUACUGGAGGGAGGGCGAUGGUCUGCUUCUUCUUGGACUGCCUGCUGAUAGGGUGCCUUUGGCUCGACUGAGGAACCUGAUAUCAGACCUGGCGCGGCUUCUGUCCUUUCUCCACGGAUCCCUGCACAAGGCAUUUAAUCAGCGCACAGAAGGGCCAGGCCACCUGGACCAGCUGUUCAGUCUGCUCUUCCAGCAUUGCCUGGAGCCGGAGUCACUUUGCACGCACUCAGGGCCAGGUGCUCCUGCAGCCCCCAGUCCAGUGGGGCUGCACCCGCACUGCUCCGGGGCGGAGUUUCUCGACAACCUCCCUGCUGCUCCCUGGCUGCCGCUACCGCAGGACAUAAAGGUCGACAUUGACACAACAUUGAGUGAGCUGGAAUCGGCAGACUUUCAGGAGCUGUCAGAAGAUUAUUAUUCCAUGCGGAGACUGUACACAAUUUUGGGCUCCUGCCUCUUCUACAAGGGCUGCCUCGUCGCGAACCACCUACCGAGGGAGGAGCUCACUGCCGUCACGCUCUACUGCCGCCUGCAUGGGCUGCUGCUGCUGACGCGGAGCCCCAGGGCCGGGCAACUCGUUGUGUGGCGUGAGCUGUUCCCACGGAAACCACGUACCGCCGUCGCCACGGGAUACUCGCCGCCAGAGGGCGCGCGGCACUUCCUGCUCAUCGUCGGCCUGGGUCCCUGCCUGCUGUCCGUGGUGCUGGAGGCGGGUGGCUGUUCUGCAAGUGCUGUGGGCUCACCUGGCCCCGACCCCGGCUACGUGGAGGAGGCGCGUGCUACGCUGCUGGCGCUCGACUCGCUCUCCGUGCCGGCGCGAAUCCGCGAGCACCUCGAGCGACCACCACUGCCCGAGCUCUCCUGUGCCGACUGCUUCUUGGGCCACUCGACCGGUGGCGGUUCGACAGUGUUCAGUCCGGGCCACCGCAGGACACAGUCUUCUCCGGGUUUUCGUGGACCCCGGAGACUCAGUCCCAGUCCUGCCAGAGGGAGACAGGAUGGAGCGGACUCACCCGCACCCGGCACCACUGCGCAGCGCUCGGCAGAGGGGGGCGUCCCGGGCAUGCCCGGGCGCAGGGAGAGCCAGGGGUCAGGGGUCUCUGCCGGCAGCGGAGGUAGCAGUGGAGUCACCAGUGCGUUCAAGAUCACGAAGAAGAGAUCCAGUCCCUUCCUGCUGGGCGGUGGCUGGAGGGAGAGCGCCGAUGCUGACACACAGGAGAUGAGCAGCGUGUGCAGGCUGACAUCGGGCGCCGAGAACACGCUGUUCCACUACGUGUCGCUGGAGGUAGCGGAGGGUGUGUACAUCGCCCCUGCCCACAGCGACGUGGAGCGUCUGGGCGGCACGUUGCACGCUCAGCUGCUCGCCAGCUUCCACCGCUGCUGCCUCUCCAUCAGGGCGCUCUUUCAGCAGAGCAGUCCGCUAGCGCGAACAGACCAGCCGGACGUCCUCCAGGGCUCUGACCUCAGGGGUGAAAGGUCACCGCUGGGCCGCGUGAGGGAGCAUGGCGUGCUCUUCCACUGUAGUGCGCCUUUUUGGAACGACCCUAAAAAGCCUGCACCGACGCUCACCUACUGGGUGCUGGGGAGGCAGUGCCUGGAGCCGCCCGCGCGAGAGUUCUACGUCUGCUUCCAUGACUCGGUGUCGGAGAGCGCCGUGGAGCUCGCAUUCAAGCUGGCGUUCGGUGUCGCCAUGUGACCGGCUGUAUUGAUCGUCAACGAAUAUCAGUUCCUCCAAAUGUGUGUUAAAGUAGCAGGGUUACUGUUGUGACCCCUAGUGUGCUGAGCAACGCAUGAGGUAACUGCACAGAUGCGUUCACUUCAGUAGCCUUAAUUUACUUGUGUGACAGGCUGCAGGGACAAGUCUCCUCCAGAAACAAACACAUUCCUGCGGAGGGAGCUGGUAGGAACGUUGGGUUGCUCGGUCAAUGGCCAGGGUCAACGGCGGCGUGGUGUAUUUUGCAAAUAUGGCCGACUGUGAGGGCGGGCACAAGCCGACGUGAGUAGGUUAAACGUUGAGUUUUAUAAGGGCACAACGGGGUGACCAGCCCCUCCCCACCCCUCCCACCCAGCCCCACCCCUCACCCAGCCCCACCCCCCACCCAACUCCUUCCCACCCAGCCCCUCCCUCCCCACCCAGCCCCUCCCUGCACGACGGACGGACACAAUCCUCCCCUGUGGGCUGGUGGAACCAGUGGGUUCCUACCAGUAUAAUUGUAUUCCAUAGCUAUGCAGAGCAGCCAACUUUUUGGCAUGAAUGGCUCACACUGAAUGACUCGGCUAUUAUGGCAUCAAAUUGCUUGAUAAGACACUGGAAACACUUUAAUAAGUCACCUGAAGCCUUAAUUGUUGCUAUAUAUAGUUUUUUUUAAUAUAAAAUGUUGAAGUAGUAGGAUUAUUGUGUGACCCUGUGUGAUAAGAAAGGUACCAAGGAACACUGCAGAUACGUAGCCUUGAUUUAACUAUGCGAUAGCCCACUAAGACAAAUCUCCUUUGUAAGGGAGAUCUGGUAAAAACAGAAGACCAAGGAGUCAAAGCUGGGAGAAAAAAAAAACUCAUUCUACUUUAACUGUUCCGAUUGGCAUUUAAAUGUUAAUUCCUUUAUAAAAGAAAAAAUGUAGUAUUGAUGUGUACGUAAUUAAGUUAUUUUUUUAUACUACUGAGUAGUUUGUUGUUUAGUGUUGAACAAUAACAAAUGCCAGUAUACAUGAAGGUUUUUUGAAACAAUUUUAUUGUCCCGUAUCUCCACCCAGUUUGUGUAACGCACUCAACAGGGCAAAGUGAUGUUCAUUUCAAACUCGAAUUAAAAGCCCUCCUAAAACAGUAUAAUUCUUCCCACUUGUCAGCAAUCGCACACAUAGACACCGUCACGAUGAAAGUUGUCAAACAUUGUUAGUAAAUGCCUCUGCCUGCUUACUAAAAUAUUCUUUUUGCAGGAUACGAGAGGUUUUCCAUAAAACGUACGAAAUUCCCCAACAACCAGUUUCAACUCAAGUCACAGUUUCCUUGUUAGGAGCCUACACAUCUGCAGGCUCAGAUAGAUGUGUUGGUGCAAUGCACAGCUUAUGUGAAAAUUCGCAGUGUGUUAAAUGAAAUGGAAGGCUGUUUAAUAAACAGAGACAAAUACAA